UGGCUGUGCUCUGGAUCCACGUUGUACCGGGUUGGGGGUACGCUCGGGAGAGUGGAUAUGGCCUGGCGGAAUCAUUGCUUGCGUGAACUGCAGGGACCUCUGCUCCCUCCCAAGGACCUGGAGGAGGAAGACGAUGACUCUCUGCAGGAGGAUGUGGAGGAGGGUGAAGACCCGUUGUUUGUGGACGCCGAGGAGCUCUGCAGUGGGGGCGUCAAGGCUGGCAGCCUCCCCGGGCGCCUUCGCGUUCUAAUUUUUGAUGAAAACACUCAAGAGAAUUGUGACGUGUUUGGACGUUUUCCAAUGAACAGUCCUUGGUGGCGUGUGAAGGUCCAAGUGAAGCCCAUGGGAUUGAAGAGAUACCAAGUUCAAGGAUUUCCAUCUUACUUUUUACAGUCUGAUAUGUCACCACCAAAUCAAAAACAUAUCUGUUCCCUCUUUCUUAAAGACUGUGAAGUCUCCAGUGAUAAUAUAAAUAAGUUUUUAGCAUGGGUAAGUGAUGUAUCAAGCUAUAAAGACCUCAACUUUGAAAAUAUUAGGGAAACAUUAAGAACUUUCCAGCAGGAAAUUGGAAGGAAUGGUCAAAAACAGUCUACACAGAAUAAACAGGAACAGUCAUCCCCAGAUUGUGAGACGUACUGUCCUCUGGAAAGCACAAUUCCAUUUAUAACUGUAAUGAGAGCUUUGAAGUUUCCCAAAAUCAUGGAAUUCCUUCCGGUUCUUCUGCCUCGACACUUCAAAUGUCUUAUAAGUUCAGGUUCUAACGAGGUCUUGGAAGAGAUAGAAGAGAUUUUAGGUACACAUCCAUGGAAACUUGGAUUUAGCAAAAUAACCUACAGAGAAUUGAAGCUUUUGCAGUGUGAAGCGAGCUGGCCAGCAUUUUGUCAGUGCAAGUCUCUUCUCAAAUUGAUAACUGAUCUGGAGAAGAAUGCGUUAAUAAUAUAUGCUACGCUGAAGCAGAUCUGUCGAGAACACGGGCACACAUUUGUUGAAGAAGCUGACUUAACUUCUCAACUGUUAGGCCAUAUGUCUUUCCAUGAUGCUUGGCAGUCUCUGAAGUUUUUGAAGGAUAUUGGUGUGGUGACAUAUGAGAAGUCCUGUAUCUUUCCUUACAGCCUUUACCAGGCUGAAAGACGCAUUGCCUCUUCAGUAUGUGAGCUGAUGAUGAGGCCUCCAUGGCAUUUGCAUGUCGAUGUCAGAAAGGUGCUUCAAUCUAUUCGCACCGCAAAACCUGAGAAUUCAAGAAGUGAUGAUACAUUGAAGGAAGGUACACCCGAUGAAACAAGAUUAGAAAAUUCUGUGGACAUUCUGGACACACAGGACAGUAGGGACCAUAUUUGGAAUAAUGGCGAGAGUGCAGUGAAUGCAGAAAUAAGUGAAGUUCAGUUGGAUCAGGAUCAGAUGGCAGCUUUGGAAAUGAUUUGCUCCAAUGCUGUGACAGUUAUAAGUGGGAAAGGUGGUUGUGGGAAGACCACAAUUGUUAGCCACCUUUUUAAGCAUAUUGAGCAGUUGGAAGAAAGAGAAGUAAAAAAAGCUUGUGAAGAUUUUGAACAAGACCAGGAUGUACCAGAAGAAUGGAUUACCUUUACUGAGCAAAGUCUACUGAAGGCAGACAAAGCUAUAGAAGUUUUACUUACAGCACCUACAGGGAAAGCAGCUUGCUUACUGAGACAGAAAACUGGUUUUAACGCUUAUACACUAUGUCAGGUCAAUUAUAGCUUCUAUUUAUGGGAGAAAAAAAACACCACCAAGAACAGGCCAUGGAAGUUUUCUUCUGUUAGAGUUCUGGUUGUGGAUGAAGGGAGCUUGGUAUCUGUAGGAAUCUUCAAAUCGGUUUUAAAUUUAUUGUGUGAGCACUCCAAACUUUCUAAGCUUAUUAUCCUUGGUGAUAUCAGACAGUUACCCAGCAUUGAACCUGGAAACUUGCUGAAAGAUCUUUUUGAGACUCUUAAGUCAAGAAAUUGUGCUAUUGAACUAAAGACAAACCAUAGAGCAGAAUCUGAGCUAAUUGUGGACAAUGCUACAAGAAUCUCAAGACGUCAGUUUCCGAAAUUUGAUGCACAGCUGAAUAUCUCUGAUAAUCCAACAUUCCCUGUCUUGAUACAACAGAAAACAUUUAUUUUUGUCAGACUUCCAGAAGAGGAUGCUGGUUCUCAAUCAUCAAAAAGUAAUCAUCAUCCCUAUUUAUAUUCUGCAGUUAAAACUUUACUCAAUGAAAAGGACCUGCAACAUGCAGAAACAUCACAAUUUAUUGCAUUUAGGAGGCAAGACUGUGAUGUUAUCAAUGCCUGCUGUUGCCAGCACUACACAGGCCGCCUCAUCAAAGACCAUCAGAACAGACUUCAGUUUGGAGUUGGUGAUAAAAUUUGUUCUACCAGGAAUGUUUAUCUCUCAGAGUUACUCCAUAAAACUAACUCUAACAGUCAGCAGACUGAAGAACUAGAGGCCAGUGGUGAACUUUUUAAUGGUAGUCCUCAUAGUUUUGCUAGAAAUAAGCAUGACUUUGAAAGUGGUAUUCGGCUGUGCAAUGGAGAGGUGUUUUUCAUAAGAAAGGAUAUAACUGAUGUAACUUUUGGAAAGAGAAGGUCUUUGACCAUUGAUAAUAUGGCUGGCUUGAAAGUAACUGUGGAUUUUAGGAAACUAAUGCAAUACUGUCACAUCAAACACGCGUGGGCAAGAACUAUUCACACUUUUCAGGGGUCUGAGGAGCGCACGGUCGUCUACGUGGUUGGGAAGGCCGGCCGCCAGCACUGGCAGCACGUUUACACUGCAGUGACCCGGGGCCGCUGCAGAGUGUAUGUGAUUGCAGAAGAGUCCCAGCUCCGGACCGCAAUUAUGAGAAACAAUGUUCCCAGGAAAACUCGUUUAAAACAUUUUUUGCAAAACAAGCUUUUGGAGAGCUGUGCAUCUGCCGCAGGUUUUGAAUCCCCGUUAAGGAGCUCUGGAGCCAGCGGAGGCGCCAGCACGCAGCCAUCAGCCUCGCCGCGCCCCACAGGCACGGCUGACCCUGGGACCCACAACGUCCGCAGAAGCGAGGCCUCCACCGCCGACGACAGUGUGUUUGCCUUUGCCGGGAGGUGGCCGUUGUCUUCAUCUGCGGCCGUGGAUGCAGAUGAAGAUCCGUCAAAGUCGCGAGGCUCCAAAAGAAGCUGUGGCGUGAAUGUGGAGGAAAGCCCCAGCAAAGUGCUCAUGGUGGAAGAAUCAUCUCCACAAGUGUCUUCCAAACUUCAGAAUCUGAGACUAAACAGUUUAACCCCCAGGCAACUUUUCAGACCUACAAAUGAUCAAGAAACUUAAUUUUAUUUCUGGUUGCUCAAAAUAAUUGUCUAUUUUUCCCCACUCAACACAAAACAGUGUCAUAACUUCAAAUAUGAAGAUAAAAGUGGAUGUCUGUAACUGGAGUUUUAUUUUUAAGGUGUUGGUGUUUGCAGAUGUUUUCGAUUGUUUUGAUCAAAGAAAAUCAAGGCAAUUUCAACAUCUGUCAUCAUGAGAACUAGUAGCACUGGGCAUAAAUGAGGGAAAAAUGUUGUAUGUUAAAAAAAACAACUCUGUACUUUUAAAGUGUUUUACUUUUAGUAUCAUGCCUUAUUAACUUCUAUGAUCACUGUGGGUGAUCUUUGCCAAUGGGUUGAAAGGAUGGUAAAGAUAAACUGUAAUUGCAUCUUUUAUAUUAUUGACACACAUUUCAGAAUGUCGUGUCUUCUGCUAAGUGGUCAUCUCAUAAGGCUGCCAUUUAUUCCAUCCCUGUUGCCUGGACCUACCUCAUCUGGGAUUUUUUUCCUAGAAAUUCCUUCUGAGUUGGGAGCACAUUGUGUUUUUUUGUUUUUGUUUUUCUUAACUGGAGAUGUAAUUGACAUAUAACAUUAUAUGAGUUUAAGGUGUCCAACCACGUUGACCCGAUGCAUGUCUGUACCACAGCGUGUUGACCACUGUAGCAUUAGCUAGCACCUCUAUCAUGUCACAUGACUACCACUUUUUUGGGAGCACGUUGUUUUGAGAUACUCGGGAAAUUUUUUUUCUCUCAGAAUAAGAGAAUUUUAUUUGAUUUUUUUAAAUAAGAGUUUUUAUUUACUGUUAAGUGGAAAAGGAAAAAGUCAAAAGAUUUACUGUUAUCCCGGUGUUUUUAAAAACAGCUUUAUGGAGAUCUAAUUUAUGUACAGUUCACGCAUUUAAAAUGUACAUAUGAGUGGCCAUUAGUAUAUUCACACAUAUAUUUGUGCAGCCAACACCACAGUCAAUUUCAGGACGUUUUUAUCACUUCCAAAAUCAACCCUGUACGUCUUAGGUCUUGUCCCCUUUUCCACUCCAGCCCAAGGCAAGUACCAAUUGACCUUGUCUCCACUGAUUUGUCUAUUCUGGAUAUAUCAUACAGUGUGCGGUCCUUUGCUGCUGACUUCUUUGACUUAGCAUGGUGUCUCCAAACUUCAUGUUGUAGCAUGUAUCAGUGCUUCAUUUCUUUUUUUUAAGGUUAAAAAAAUUAUGUACAAACAGCUAACAUUGUUUCUUUCAUUGGGUAGAAGUCUUGGCGAAUUCACUCAAGGAAUAUCGCUCAGUCAAACUUGAUGAAGACUAUAUCUUUUGCAUACUAAUGGAAAAACUGGCAGCAUAUGUGGAGGCUUUAUUUCUGGAUCAGACUGUGUUGGUUGGGCUGACUUGGCGAGAUCAGGAGCCCUGGCUGAGUUUUUGCAAGUGGCUCCAGUGAGCUGCAAGUGACCCAUCGCUUUCCAUGGUGCAGUGAGGCAAAAUGUCUUCAUCUCUUUUAUUAUACCAAAGAAUAUUCCAUUGUAUGGAUAUUGUGCAUUGAGUUUAUCCAUUCAUGAGAUGAUGAACAUUUGGGUUGUUUCCACUUUUUGGCUAUUAUAAUUAAUGCUGCUAUGCACAUCUGUGUACAGGUUUUUGUGAGGAUGUGUGUUUUCAUUUCUCAGUUAUACACUAGGAGUGGUAUUGCUGGGUCAUAUGUAAAUCUAUGUUUAAUUUUUUGAGGAACUGCCAGACUGUUUUCCAAAGCAACUGGGCCAUUUUAUAUUUACACUAGCAGUAUGUGAGGGUGCCAGUUUCUCCACAUUCUCCCCAACACUUCUUAUUAUCUGACUUUUUGAUUAUAGGCAUCCCAGUGGGUGCAAAGUAUAUUUCAUUAUAGUUUUGAUAUAAGUUUUCUUCAUGGCUAAUAAUGGGAAUCAUCUUUACAUGUGCUCUUGGCCAUUGGUUUGACCUCUUCUGAGAAAUAUCUUUAGAUCUUUUUCCCAUUUUUAAAUUGGGUUAUUUUUCUUAUUAUUGAAAUGUAGGGUUUUAUAUAUUCUACAUUCAAGUCCCUUAUGAGAAACAUUUGCAGAAAAUUUUUUUCCCUUUCUGUAGGUUUUAUUUUCACUUCCUUGAUGGUGUCCUUUGAAGCACAAGUUUUCAAUUCUGAAGAUGUCCGUUGUAUCUGUUGUUGUUACUUGUGCAUUUGGUGUCAUAGCUAAGAGACCAUUGCCUAUCCAUAGUCAUGAAGAUUUACUCCUGUUUUCCUUCUAAGGGUUAGUAAUAGUUUUAAGUCUUACAUUUAGCUCUGAUUCAUUUUGAGUUAAUUUUUGUGUAUGGUGAGGUAGGGUUCCAAUUUCAGUCUUUGGCAUGUGGAUGUUCAGUUGUUACAGAUCCAUUUUUUGAAGAGACUGUUCUUUCCCCAUUGAAUUGUCUUGGCACCCUUGUCAAAAAUCAAUUAAUUGUAAAUAUGAGGGUUUAUUUCUGAAUUCUGGAUUCUUGCUAGUCAGUACCACACUGUCUUCAUUAGCUUUGUGUAGUAACUUUUGAAGUCAAGAAAUGUGAGUCCUCCAAUUUUUCUUCUUAUUCCAGCUUUUUGGCUGUUCUGGGUCCCUUGCAAUUCCACAUGAAUUUUAGGAUCAGCUCAUCAGUCUCUGUAAAGCAGCCAGCUAGGAUUUUGAGAGGAUUAUGUUGAAUCCAUAGAUCUGGGGAAUAUUGGUCUCUUAAUAAUAUUAAGUCAUCUGUUCCAUGAACAUGGAAUGUCUUUCUAUUUAUGGCUUCUAUCAUUUCUUUCAACAAUGUUUUGUAGCUCCAGAGUAUAACUUUUAUACAUCUUUUAUCAAAUUUAUUCCUAAGUAUUUUAUUUUUGAUGCUACUGACAAUGAUGUUUUCUUAUUUUUUGCCUGUUCAUUUCAACUGUAUAAAAGUACAAUUGAUUUUUGUAUAUUCAUCUUGUAUCAUGCAACCUUGCUAAACUCAUUUAUAGUUUUAAUAGGUUUUCAGUGGAUUCCUCAGGCUUUUUCAUGUGUGAGAGUAUAUUAUCUGCAAAUAGAGAUAGUUUUACUUCUUCUUCUCUAAUCUGGAUGCCUUUUAUUUCAUACCACCAUAGCUAGAACCUCUAUUAACUAGAAGUGGUGAGAAUGGACAUCUUUGCCUUUUUCCUGUGAAUUUACAAGGCCUGCAAGGCAAUCUGCAAAAAUGAAAAUGUUGGGACUAUGGGUAUAUAUUUUUUUAAGGUAGUGUAAUUAAAAUUUGUACUUUUUAUAGCUAUUGUAGAUGUAUUUCAUAGAAUAUAUGUAAUAUUCUCUGAAGGCAGAUGUUGUGAUCCUUGAGUUAAGAUCUGUCUUUGUCACUGAAAAUAAAUGUGCCAUUGGUGGGGGGUGUUUUGUUUGAGGCUGUUUAGCCCGUUCACAGAUCUUGUACAUCUUGUCCUUAUAACAGUCCUGUAGUGCAGAUACGCACUCCGUUUCACAGGUGGUGCAACUAAAUCAUGGUAAGUAAAUUUCAUACCACCAAUGAGUGCCAGAGCUGCCUCAAAUCUAGAUCCAGUUUUAGAACCUAUGCUCAUCCCACUCUGCCAUGUAGCUUUUCAAGUUUAUGGCAAAACCUUCCUCCUUUAGAAAAUUGUGUAACAAUAAGCAUGUGUAGGGCUCAGUCUAGAACAUGAAAAUAUACUCAAAGGAACAAAAAAAAAACACAUACCAUGUUGGUUUUUUUGCUUUUUAAAAUCACUGUUUAUUCCAUUUGAUAGAGGGUUUUUCUUUUUCCAUACAAAUAUUUGCAACAAUUUUGAAUUCCCCAAAACCAUACAUUGACGAUAAAUACCAUGCUAAUAAAGUAUUAAAUUUGUACAAAAAUACUUUACAGCUUAAUACUUGUUUGUUACAAAUAAAAAUACAUAUUUAAGUGA